AUGACGCUCACCGCUUCGGCCAGCCUUGCUGGGAGGCUUAUGCAGGCACCUGUGGUGAGUUACUGCAGCAGCUGUGUUAAAUGUGAAACACAUAAUAUUGACACUUUUGGGAUGGGAAAGGGAUGCUCGUGCGAGUCAGCUGACCGGGGGUUUUCUGAACAACUACUGCCACCCCCAUACCUUGUGGCCCCCAUCAUCCCGGCUCUUACAGACCCUCCCCAUUGGGGUAUUUACCUAUCGUGGGCUCCGCUCCUGGAUCCCCCCUCGGGAUAUUUACCUAUCAGGGGCUCACCCUCAGAACCCCCACCCCUUGUUGUGAUAUUAACCUCUUGCACAAUUUAUUCACAGUUAACCCCCCUGGGUGUCAGCAGAGGCCAACAAGUGGAUCCACCCUCUCCUCCUGGCUAUAGCUCAGCUCUUUCCACUAGACAAAUAAAGGGUCUCGGCUUUUCACUCGACUCUGGGAAACCCAAGGGGCCUUUUAAAAACUUCGCCUUAAAAAAACGAUCUAGAAAAGCACGUGAAGUACAUACAGAGGGAAAGUCAUACAACUGUGAGAUUGCAACAAUACAUUCUCUUGGAAAAAAGGAGACAUACAGCUGUGAAAUUUGCAACAAGGCCUUCUCUGUGAAAAGUCAUGUAGUAAGUCAUAUGAGAGUGCAUGCAAAAGAGAAACCAUACAGCUGUGAGAUUUGUAAGAAAGACUUCUCAGAAAAAUAUACUCUAGUAAUCCAAAUAAGAGCGCACCAAAAGAGAAGCCAUACAGCUGCAACAUUUGCAAUAAAGCCUUCUCAUUAA